AUGUACGUCAACCGGGGACGGAGGGCGUAUGGGACACAUCUCGAAGGCGGCGCGGGGUCCGUCGCCGCGGCAAGGUGUAGAAAAGCAUCACCUUAUCGGCGGGCAUCUUCGAAAUCAAUUAUCAUAUCACGAUGGCGGAACAAGGAAAUCGCGAUCAAAUAUACAGAAGAAUGGAUGGAUCGAGGAUUCCAGCUUGAUCGGCUCGCCUCCGGCGCAUCCGGGGUGGCUCUGUUCCCUGCUGAAAGCUGCCAACAACAUUCCAAGGUCCAAUACGCUGUCAGUUCAUACUCACAGCCUCUCACACCUGCUGCUGACCCGUCAAUCAUCCUCGGUGCAACCUGGAGUGGCUUUGAGGAUCUAUCCCGAGACUCUCCUUUUGCUGAAGACAAUACGCCUUGGAAUGUUACCAGGCGGCCGAUCAGCCGACGAUCGGACUCCGUCUAUUCUUCAUUUCUGAAUGAGAUCGAGGCGGGAUUUGAGAAUAAGGACCUUGAAACCGAGUGCUGUUCAAAUAAACCAUGCUUCCAACUUCCCCAGUCAGCUCUGCCCGGGCUCAACAUCAUGCUGAAUCUUGCGACGACUACGUCGGAGGAGUGGAAUUUUUUCAUGACACUCGCACCGCCGGAUCUCCAAGAUCCAUUAAAACUCAUGGAUGUCGUUUUGAGAAAGCGGUAUCAAAACAUGGAUACGUCACAAGUGGAUGUGCAAGACCCCAAGGACAACAAUCCUUCGAGAGAUCGAUUAUCUGGACAGGCCAUCACGGCCUACAGUACGGAGCUUUCUUGGCACCUGGACAAUAUAGUUGCUGAUCCUGGUCGGUGUCCUCCCAUCACCAGAAUUUGUCGGGAAUAUAUGACCCCACCAAGAAUCGACAAGAUAUAG